AAUGGCUUAGCGGUAUAUGCUAUAUAUUUAUGUCAUACUAACCCGGGUUUGAUCCUGUCCUUUGCAUUUUUUUUUCAUUUUUUACGAAAAAAUAAAUGAGAUGACGUGUCAACUUCGGGCUCUCUGAUUGAAUGAUUAUAUAUGCUGAUGUGGACACUCUAAGAGGGGUUUAUAUCUCCCUUUUAGUAUAGUAUAGAUGAUGUAACAUUUAUUUCUUAAAGUUAUCAUGUGAAUGUAGCAUUCAACUAUCGCACCUACCUGCUAGAAUUGAAUACUUUAUCCAUUUUCAUUUCAUAAGUCGUUUUAAAUUUUUUCAAACAGAUUAAAAAGUUAUUAAAUUUAUUAUUUUAUCUCUAAUUAGUAUGUUUGUUUUAUUUGAUUAUUCUCAUUAAUAAACUAAAAGAAUAAAGACAGAAUUUGAAAAAAUAUUAAAUAAAAAUCUUGAAAAUAUAAAAUAACACUAUGAAACAAAUUUUGAACUCUAAAACAACAAUUAUGAAACAAAAGGAGUAUACUUUAUUCACUCUACAGUUUUAAUGUUUUCAUAAAUAAUAAUAUUUUAACAUUAAUUUAAAAAUUAAUACCUCAAGAAAAUACAUAUCAUGUUCUAUUUUCUGUUUCAUAAAAACUAUAAAACUAUGUUCUUCUUACAAAAAAAUAUAAAUAUCUUUUAAUUAGCCCAUGGAUUUUACCACUUAAAAUAUCCAUCUCAUAAAUUGUAUUCAUUUCAUAAACUUAAGACAGAUUGUAGCACAUAACAGGUUGAAGAUUUGAAAUAAAUUAAAUAACAAAAGUAAAUACCACACAUUAUAAGGACAUUUGCUGAAUCAUACAUAGGCAGAAAGAAAAAAAUCCAUUAUCUUCUUUUUGUCUUCCUCUAAGGUCCAUUCAAAAAAUCUAGAAGCUGACAAGUGUGAGGAAGAACAUUGAAUCAGCUCUUAUUUUAUGGUGGUGACCAGUGACCCUUUAAUAAUUUAAAAAAAAAAUUGUUUUGUUUUCUUCGCUAUCUAAUAUGACAAUUGUCACCUUCUCUCUUGCUCCAUAUAUAAACUGCCCAUUCUCUUCUUCAAUUUCUCUCCGGAUUUUUCGUCGUGUUCAUCAAUUUUCUCUAGAGAGGUGACGAUUGAUGUUAUUGUAGUAAUCAGAUUCUGAGUGUGAGGGAAUUGAGGAUGAAUGAUUUGCAUCAAAAGACGGAGUCAAUGGAUCGUCGUUUUGAGGAUUUCAAUGAGGGUUGCAUCUCAUUUGAGUCGUGCAGCUCGGUUCACAAUCCUGACAACGAUCAUGAUCAAGAGGAUGAACAUCUUCUGAGGAGGAGAAGGAGGUCUGACCUCGAAGGGGACGACAUUGCUGAAUCCUCUGCUGCGAGAAGGCGCCAGUCUCGGAUCCUGAGCCGUUGGGCUGCAAGGCAGGCUCAGGAGAUGAUUACCACCAUUGAGAGGAGGAACCGUGAGUCUGAACUUAUUGCUAUUGCUGGUUUGCAUGCCGUCUCUACGCUUGACUCUUCUUUCCUCAGGGAGGAGACGCACUCUCCUCCCUUGAGGCGAGAGAGGCCUAGAACUCAAGCAUCUGAGAUUUUCCAGAUGUGGAGAGAGUUGGAAGAUGAACACGUGCACAACAGGGCACGUGAGAGGCUGAGGCCGAGGCAAAUAAGUGCUAAUGCAUCUGUGAGUGGGAACAAUGAGAGCCUGAGGGGAUCAAGUGAGAGUGAGAAUGGUUAUAGAUCUUCCAGUAGAGAACAGUCUCCAGAUCUUGGCGAUGUUGAGAGUGAGAGGGUGAGACAAAGUGUGCGUGAUUAUGUAUCUAAUGUAAGAAGGAGAGACGAUAACCGUAGAGGAGAGUUGGUUGGUGAUACUGAAAGAGAGAGAGUCAGGGUUAUCAGGGAACGGAUGCAAAUGACGAGUCAGCAGAGAGGAGCUCGUGCAAGUCGAAGAGAAGAUCAACAACGAUCUCUUGGCUCACAAGAUGACCGGCCUCAAGUUCAGAGGGUCGGUGAAGGGUUAGCCGUUGAGAAUGAGGAAGGGCAACGGGAGGAUACUCGUAGAGACUUGCGGAGAUUACGAGGAAGGCAUGCAUUUGUUGAUUUGCUCAUGAGGAUUGAACAAGAGCGGCAGCGAGAGCUUCAGGGUUUGUUGGAUCAUCGUGCAGUCUCUGACUUUUCUCAUCGCAACCGGAUUCAGUUGCUACUUAGAAGAAGAUUCUUGCGGAAUGAGCCACGUACAGAGGAAGUUAGAGCUCCAUCAAUGGCAGCAAGUGAACUUCGCCAGCUAAGAGAUAGACAUACAGUUUCUGGUUUGCGGGAAGGAGUCAGUGACAGGCUAGAAAGCAAUACUAAUGUCGAUAACAUCAAUACUUCCAGGAUUAACCGAACAAUAGCUGCUAAUACUACUGAGGAUUCUCAGAGGAUAAAUGAGCGCUUGAGUUCUUCAAGACAGGGGAAUGAUACCCCACUCUUACCUAACGACUUGGGCAGGUCAGGAAGUAACCGAACAACUGCAGAUAGAAAUUGGGAAGAACAUACAAGUCAAGAAAGUGUUUGCCCUGAAGUUUUCAGAACAGACGAGAGCCGAAAUUUGCUGGAAGCAACGUUAAGCCAGUUAAGUGAAAGGGAUAACGGUAACGCAGUUAUAAACGAACAAGAAAACUCAGUUGAUGACCUGCACCAGGAUGGAACUGGAAAUUCAGAUGCAACUGUUCUGAUAGAAGAUCAGAGUGUAUGGCCUGCAGAUAACACUAGACAGUCUGACGGAAAUUGGCCAGAGACACGGUUUGGAGCACUUAGGAGUCGCCGUGUAGUACCUAUGAGAAGAGUAAACAGGCUCCAUUUACCUAAUGACGAUAAUGUUUACAACAUUGAGCUUCGAGAGCUACUAAGCAGGAGAAAUGUAUCUAACUUUCUACGUAGUGGUUUCCGUGAAAAUCUGGAUCAGCUGAUACAGUCCUAUGUAGAGCGGAGAGUUGACUGGGAAGCAAUAUCGGAUUCUCAAGAACAUCAUACAGAGCAACAACGGUUUCUACAGGACGAGGAUCAGCUUGAUGGCAUCAAUCAAACGCUGCCAACUCCACCAGUGCCUCCACCACAGCCAAUAAGGCACCACACCAACUACGCUCGUCACUCUCUGCAUCGAUCUGAACUUGGAUGGGAGAUGAUGAACGACUUGAGAGGAGAAAUGGCUAGACUCCAACAAGGAAUGAGUCAUAUGCAGAGGAAUUUAGAAACCUGUAUGGAUAUGCAGUCUGAGCUGCAGCGUUCGGUUAGGCAAGAGGUCUCUGCAGCUUUAAACCGAUCUCCCGGUGACCAAGGUCUUGGAGCAGGAACAUCCGAGGAUGGGUCGAGAUGGGGUCAUGUAAGGAACGGGACUUGCUGUGUCUGCUGUGAUACUGACAUAGAUGCCCUCUUGUACAGAUGCGGGCACAUGUGCACUUGCUCAAAUUGCGGUAACGAGCUAGUCAGAACUGGAGGGAAAUGCCCGUUGUGUAGAGCGCCAAUCCUCGAGGUAAUCAGAGCCUACACUGUCGCGUAAGCCCUCUGAGAUUGGAGAACAAGGAAAAACAAACAAAGAUAAUGUGAUUUUGUUCAUGUCUGAGCAAGAACAGAUUGUUUCAGCGAUAUAAACUCUCUGAAAUGGACCAAACCAAGAUCAGCAGACAUAAAUUUAUUCGGUUAACAGUAGCCAGAGGUAUAUUUUUUUAAUUUAUUGAGUGUCAUGUAGCUCUGUAUAAGAAAGAACCAAAAGUAGUUGAGAUAAAUUUCACAAAGAUGAUUUGAUAUUAUACUUGUGCACACAGAUUCACCAUCUAUGAGCAUAUACCCAAAUGAUAUUCAGGGUU